UCCCCCAGGGGAAAGAGAGGACCCGUCUCUCCCUCCUCCUCCCCGAUCUGCGGCGACCUCUGCUUCUUCUUGCCCAGGUUCCAUCAAUGGGGCAGGAUUCCGGCAUGAAGCGCCAGUCGCAUUCCAGACUGAGACCAGUUCCUGAAAAUCCCUACACCGCUAGCCACAUUACUGGAGAAAAUGGCAGCCGGGACACAAGACACACUCAGCUGAAAUGCUCAGAUUCCAGCUUGGGGGAGCCUCGCUUGAGCCACCUCCCGAAUUUCCACUGCAGGAGUCUGCCGACAAGACGCAAUGCAGAGGAGGAGAUUGCUGUGGCCAAGCGCGGCUCCAUGUACCAGAGCUCCAGCGAGAUCAGCAGGAUAAGGAGGAUCCAGCAAGACAGGAGGAAGAUAGACUCGGCGCCACCUAGAGGGGACGAGUUCCUGUCCUUUGACAUCGUCGACUCGUCCUCUCAGCCGAGCACGAGCGGAGGAGCGUACCUGUUUUCGCACCAGAGUCGGCGGUCCGAGGCUGCCAAGCCUUCUGUGGAGACCCGUAGUGCUCGUCGAGUGUCCAAGGACUUUCUGGAUUUAUCGUUCCGUGAGCUCCCGGGUGAGGAUUUCAAGCUUGACAGGCCACGGAUGGACUGCACACUGUUGAGAAAUGAUGAUUGCGCUGAUGGUUUCUUGGAGAUAUCUCUCGAGGAAGAAGAGUCUACACAAGCCCCCUGCAGAAAUGCAGCUCCGCAUUUGCUAGAUGGAGAGUCUGGUAGACGUGCCGAAGCAGAUUGUCAGCAGAGGGCUGGUGUAUGUCCUGGCGAGAGUGACCAGGGUGACAGGGAGAGGGUUCGAGUAAGUGAUACCCCUAAGCCCGUGUCAACAAAGACAAGCGCUGCUGAUGGUACCAGUCCAUUGGUAUGUGUCCAACAUGCCACAGAGAACAGCGGUAAAGCUCGAUCAAGUCCUUUCAAGAAGAUGCUGAACCCUAUCAUGAAGUCCAAGUCUGUUAGAAGCCCAUCUGUUACUGAAAAGGAGUACUCCAACUCUACCGCUGUGCCGGCUAGCAGGAAAAUUGGUGCACCCCGCAAGUCGUUGCUGAGUGAUUUCUCGAGGACCGAACGGAACCAAUCAUCUUGUUGCCAGCCAAAUGGAGAAAGCCAGCAUACGGCGGCUGCUUUGUCACCUGCUCAUCUUCAAGCAGUUCUUAAGUUUGAUUCCAAGAAUAGUAUUCCCUUUUAUGAAUUUUGCGUCGAGGGCCCAGAAGAAUCCAUUUCUGCCAGGUCUUGGGAAAGUGGGAGUGAGCUGAACAGAAUCUACACUUUUCAUAGCGGUGGUAAACGAGGAAGCACAGCUGGAAGGUCCUCCAAAGAUGAACGCAGAUGUUCACCUCCAACUGUAGGUCAGAUGCAUGUUUCAUCCUAUCUAUGCUCUGAGGUUGCUAAAGAUGGCACUCUGAAUAAUUCUGUCAACACCGAGUUUGUUUUGUAUGAUAUUGCUCAUGCAAGACGAAGUUUUGCAGCUGAGGAGAAGACUCAAUGUACAGAGACCACUCAGCCAAAAACUUGCGGUGUCGUUGAUAAAUCGUUCUGUGGUGACUAUCCACAGCAGAUUAAUCUGAUUGACCACCAACACAAUGCAAGAAACAAUUCAGAGGUAUCAACAUCCCGCCCAUGGUCUGAAGAGGAUCUUUAUCCUCAUUUGGAGAUUGCAGCAACUGUCAUCCAGAUUCCAUUUAAUAAAAUCAAAUCCAAAGAACUUGAUAAUGGUUCAUCCACUGGUACUAUCAAAGUGGUGACACCGAGUGGGCUGCAUGGAUUAUCGAACGAUAAUGAUGCCAGCCCGUCACCCUUGCUAGACAGAUGGAGGUAUGGUGGGGGGUGCGAUUGUGGUGGAUGGGACAUGGCAUGUCCACUUGUUGUCCUCGAGAAUGCUUAUGAUGAUAACUGGGUGGAUUCCGCAACGAAGGAAAGCAAGCAUCCUAUGGAGCUCCUUGUUCAGGGUAGCAAAGAAGAGCUCCCUGCCCUUUCCAUGAAAGCCAACGGGAAAGGACAGCUACUGGUGGAUUUCCACGCGCGCCUAUCAGCACUACAGGCGUUCUCAGUCUGCAUCUCUCUGCUGCACUGUUCCGAGGCUUCGACGGCGGUCAUUAUCGAGAAGGGCAAGCACAAGCUCUACUCGAGCUCACUCAAGAUGCUCCUUGAGGGGGAGGUGAUGCACCUGAUUGAGGCUGUCACGGCAGAAGAGAAGAAGAAACAGAGGACGAAGAGAGAAAAGGCGCCUCCAUCUGUCGCGUUAGAUCCGCGGCACCCGCCCUUUUCUCCACUGGGAAGAGUAUAGACUGAACUAUGUGGUGCUCUUCUCAUCAUGUGUAAGUGUAACAUUAUCAGUCAUCAUCUGGCUUGAUGUCCAUAUUCUUUUGUGAUAGAAAAGGGUAAAUUUAUCUUGUUCAUAGAGAUGGAAGGGGGUUGCAUGCAGUAGUUUCUAGUCUUUAGGUUUUAGGGAACCAGCAUGGCCAUAUGUUAUUGGCUGAUGGAAAUGCAGAACAGAAGAGGCUGCUUUGUACAAGAGGGUGUCAGUUCCAUGUUCCAACAGAAAGAAUAUAA